AUGGACAGGCCUAAGUCCAAGAGCAGAGAGCCUAGCUUCCAAACAUGCACUAAUUCUACUGUUUAUGCCCUAAAAGAGGGGCCAGGUGGAGCGCGGCCCCCGGUGCGGGCGCGCCGCAGCGGGAACGGCCCGCGCAGCAACAGGCGGGCGGCGGGCGGCGGGCGGCGGGCGGGGCGGGGGUUGGGCCGCGGGGCAGCUCCGGCCCGGCUGCGUCCGACGGUCCUUGCCCCGCGCGGCGCGGGGAGCAGGUGGCUGCCCUCUGCGCCCGGCGUGCGCCCAGCGCGGGCCAGCCGAGCAGGGCUCCGGCCCCGCGGCGGCCCGGGAGGAGGCGAGGGCCGCGGGGCCCCGGCGGGGCGAGCGGGACCCCCGAGGGCCCGAGCCGGCCGGAGGGGCGUGCCCUCUGCUCGGAGCGCCCGGCCGCCGCCGCAGCAUCUCGCGCUCGCGGACUCCGGGCCGAGAGGCCGCGACACCUCGCGCGGGGCCGAGGCGAGGAAGGAAGGGCCGGGAGGGAGGAGGAGACCGAGAGGAAGCCGCCGGCCGGGCAGCCCCGCUCCCGCCGGGGCCCAGGAGAGGCGACUCGCAGGCUUCCCUCCCAACCCGAAACUUUUCCAACCUACGCAGGCGUGUUCCUCACGGGUUUCGGCGGCCGGAGGCGCCGCCAGGGAGAGGCUCGGCACACACACGCGUCCCCCGACACGCGGGCGGAGAUCCCGGGGGAGAGCGUCCGGGUCUCCCCGAGAGCGUCCCCUCCGCUUCCCUCUGCCCUUGGGUCUCCAGCUUCUUUACUGCUGUGGACUGAAGAAGGGCUUUAAGAAAGAACGGUGGAGGGGGGCCGAAAUACACCGAAGAAUCGUCAAAGCAACGUGUGUUUAACCCAGGACCAGAUGCAUUAAGUGGUAACUGCAGGAGUUUGACUAAGAACUCACUGCAGAUCCCCUUCCCAUAAAUAAGUAAAUGCAGUGUGCGUGGAUGAGAUUUGUUGGAAGACCGGUCAGAACUUGUGUUAACUUUAAAGUUAUUGGGGUUGUGUUGCCAAUGGGCGGAGGAAGGGGUUGACCCUAGGCUUGGCCCCUGGUUGCAGAGAUGGAGCCAAUAUCUAGGCGACUUCUCGACUCCGACCUGACCGAUCGCUUCGCCCCUAUCAGAAAACAAACCGGGAGUCGCCGGAGAUAGGGGGCUCGGGCCUCACGCCUUGCUCUUGGGCGGCCCAAGACCUGGGAGAGCGCCGCAGCUUGGGCAAGAGAGGCUGCCAGGAGCCCGGCCUGUACGUCGCCCCGACGGCAGGGGACAGGACAGGGCGCCGCGUACGUAGCUCACGGAGCUGGGCUGCGGACCGAGCUCGCUCACCCAGCGUCGCGCGCGCUCCUAUUUCAACCAGCCGCUCCUGCGCCCUAAUGCGGGCUGCGAACUGCCGCGGCAGAGCGCGGCGAGCCGCGAGCCUCCGCUGCGUCGGCGGAGGGGUGGGGGAGCUUCCUUGUCUUCCAGGCGGGUUACCCCGACUUCCAUUCAGGCCUGCCUUCCCCCGGGAGUGGCAGAAGGGUUCCUGGGGUUCGCAGGGAACUUUUCCUGCCGCCAGUUCCGGGGCGUAGAGUGUGCAAAACGUGCAUCCGAGCGCUAGGUGCAAUUGACAUAACUUGUGGGCUAAAGUUCAAGCCAUUUCCUUCCAGAUUCUGAAUCUUUUCUGUCCCUGGGCUCCGUUUCUCCCCCACCCUCCUCCUCCUUCCCUGCCCUCCUUCCUUUUAAAUGUCAAACUGAGCAGAUGGUUUUAAGGUGUGGAGGGCAUAUAUCUUUGACUCCUACCCGUUUAUUUGUGGGCUGGCGCUAACAUAUGUACAAACUGGGAUACUUAAAGAAAAUAAUAGGACGGAAAAGAAGAAAGGAAGUAGCCUUGAUCCAUUCACAGAACGCACAUUUCCUCGCUCAAUACACCCGCUUACCUCGAAAGGACCCAACCAAUAGAAGCAUUAUUCCAUCCUGUAUCUAAUGGGCACGUUGAGAGAUUAUUACUGUUCCCAGCCUAAAUGGUCACAUCCCGGUUACAACACUUGAUACAAUAGCCGAUCAUUCUAAGUGUGAGUGGUGUGUUUGUGUGCGUCUGUGUGGUUUCCCUAAUGGUGUGGAGGGAAUGUCUGGGGGUGGUGGAAGAGGAGGAAUGAAGGCUGGGGAUGCUCAAGCAAGUGUCUUUUCUUAUCCCUGACACCUACCCUGGCCAGCUUGAUUUUUUCCCCCUUCUUUUCAAUGUUUGAAUCCCGUGCCAAAAGUUUCCUACAGGGUAUAGUCUCAGACAUGUUAUCAUCUCUAUUCUUAUUCAAAGAGAAGACUUCUUCACAGUCUGAUGAAUUUGAGGCUGAAUUUGUAAAUGUCCUAGGAAAGAGGUGUUUGUGUGUGUGUGUGUGUGUGUGUGUGUGUGUUGCAGAAGAUGGUGGUAGUUGUCUGCCAGUGUACUUUUAACAUAGCUCAUAAACACUCUGUUGUCCCAAAGUCAUUCAACCUUUGAUCUGCCUGAAUUCGAGGAACAUACAAAAAGUACUUGCCCCCAUCCUACCUAAAAACUGAGUGUGUAAUCGACUAGGUAUGAAUGUUUCUGCUUCACAGCCCUUGUAAGUCCUGGCUUUUAUAGGAUCUUUAGGACAUAAACACGGUUGCUUUAUUAAAAGCGUUUACGGUGCCCGGUGAAAGACACGUUCUGGCUGCCGCUAGAAAUGCCCUUUAGCAUUUGUAAGUUGCAAACCCCCUAGGAGCUCUUUAAGAGCCACAUUAUCUAAAGAAAUCUUGCCAGUUAUUUUUCAUCCAAGUAAUGUCAAACCAAAGUGAAUUUUCUAUAGCUUUAUGCUGGAAGCCCGAAAUUUAAGCGCUUGAAAUUUCUUACCUAAUAAACUUCAAAGUUUGUUACC